AUGCACACCAUUUCUACCUUCAAAUUCAUCACAGUUUCUUCAACACUAUCAUCCUCCAAUCCAAGAAUUUCCACCGCAUGCCCUUUAUUUUCAAAGAGAUUCUCAUCAGGUAUCCAAAUUUUGUCUUCCAUUUCCACAUCGAGAAAGACCCCUUUUCAAUCAAAAUCAUCAGAAGAAGCAGAGGUAUCCGAAGCAGAGGAUGAGUGGCUUCAAAGGUUGCCGGAGAAAAAGAAACCAUUAUACGCUCACAGCUUGCCAUGCAUUGAGGCCUGGUUGAGAAGUCUUGGGUUUUAUCAGAGUAGAGAAGACAGAGCUGCUUGGUUUGUAGAGAAACCUGGCUGGCAUGCCAAACUCUCGCUUGAUGUCACUGAUCUUUGCAUAAGGUAUCUAAAGAGUGGACCAGGAGAGCUUGAGAAAGACGUUGAAAGGAGAUUUAGUUAUGCACUGAGUAGAGAAGAUAUUGAGAAUGCAAUACUUGGAGGGCCAUGA